GAAGUCAAGGGGGAUGGAGAUAUUUUGGACAGAGAGUCAAGAAGGCGUGCUGACAGACGAUUCAUAAGGGUCAAAAUAAGCUCCAGAGCAACUGAUUCUUGAUCAUUUUCAUGUUUACUUUUAUUGCGAUUGGACACAAAAGCUGUUCGUGAAAGUGCCACUUUUGGAGGAGUCUGUAAUUCUCUAUCAAUUUCCAACAGGCCGUCUUCUCUAUGGAUUGUACUUGCAUUCUCCUUGCCCUACUCUCCACCCUGGCUUCUUUAAGUCCCACUAUGGGGUGUUUCUGUGAUCAUUACCCAUGGAGUUCCUGGUCCCAAUGCACUAAAACCUGUGAUUCUGGUACUCAAUCACGUUUAAGGGCUGUCCAGUAUGAUGAUCACUGGUUAAAAAACAGCUGUUCCCAGCUGUGUCAGAUACAUGAUAAUAGAGUGUGUAAUGUUGAGGCCUGCCCUAUAAACUGCCAGCUGACUGAGUUUGGACCCUGGUCUGAGUGUUCAUCUUGUGCCAAAAAGUCAUUCAGAAUCAGGUCUGUGUUGAGGCCAUCUCAGUUCGAAGGAGCCAACUGCAGUCAAUCUCUUAUGGAGGAAAGAGUCUGUCAUCCUUUCAAGGAAUGCAGGAUUGAGCCUUUGAACUGUAAAGACAAGUUCACCUGUGACACUGGAAGAUGUAUACAUGCUGAUCUGCAAUGCAACGAUCAGAACGACUGUGGUGACAACUCUGAUGAGAGAGACUGUGAGCGCAAUAAAAGUGUGUGUUCAAAUCAGCAGAUGUAUGCUUUCGUCCCUGGAGCAGACCAGAUUGGUUUUGGAUUUGAUGCUGCAGCGGAGCAGAUGAGAGGUGCUGUUCUGGACAACUCGUUCAUGGGAAGUAAUUGUACUGUAGAAAAACUAAAGAGGAACCUCUACAGAAUCUCAGCCAACACUGAGAGAUAUGAACUCAAGAUCGAAACCUUUGAGGAUUUUCAACAAAAAGAAACCAAAUCCCAAAAAAUCGAUCUGGCCAAAGAACCCCUUUACAGGGAAGCAGUGAAAGCAUCUCAACAAAAGGACUCUGUGUUUUACCGCGUGGAUCAAGUUAUUGCAACAUCAACAUUCAAAGUAAAAUCCUCUGACCUCUAUUUAUCAGAUCAGUUCCUUCAGUUUCUAAGCAGCCUACCCUUGGAAUACAACUACGCCCUUUACAGGCAUAUAUUCCAGCUGUUUGGAACACAUUAUUUCAGCUCUGGGACAUUAGGAGGGAAGUAUGAGCUACUUUUCCAAUUCGAUCGAGAAGAACUGAAAACCUUUGGGCUUAAAGAAAGCGACUCAGAGUACUGCUUGUCUCAUGAUGACACACUCGUCACAUUUUUUUAUAAUAGACAUUCACAAAAAAACACUUGUGGGAAUAUUUCUAUGAAAACCAAAUAUGAAGGGUCAAUGGUAAAAGCAUCAAAGAUCUGUAUCACAUCUGUACAAGGAGGAGAUCCAUAUUUUGCAGCAGCACUGGCCUGGGAGAAGAACUGCGUUUCACCAGCGAGCCCUUUAAUCACAGACUGGAUCAAGUCUACUAUAAAAAAUCCAGUGGUUAUUCAUUUUGAGCUUUUGCCUUUAGUGAAUUUGGUGCGGGGCAUCUCUUGUGCUGUGACAAAAAGACGCCACUUUCAGCGGGCACUGGAGGAGUACCAGACCGAAUUUGACUCCUGCAAAUGUGCCCCCUGUCCGAACAAUGCUUGGCCGGCUCUUUCAGGAACCGAGUGCCUUUGUAUAUGCCAGACUGGAACAUAUGGAUCAAACUGCGAGAAACGAGCACCGGACUACACCUCAGUUGAAGUUGAUGGGCACUGGAGCUGCUGGAGCUCUUGGAGUCCUUGUGAUGCCACCUUGAAGAAGCACCGCUCUCGUACCUGCAGCAACCCUGCCCCACAGCGAGGCGGCACACCCUGCCCAGGCCUUGAAAAACAGGUGGAGGAAUGUACCAUCUCCUUUUUUCAGGAGCAAAACGUCUGCAUUAAUGAUGACAGUGAGAGUCGGCUGCCUUCUGGAACUUCUGGCUGUGCAAAACCUCUUCCACCAGCCAACAGUCACUUAAGAUUCAACAAGCGUCAGUAUGAUUAUGGAGAACUUGAGGAGAUUAUUUGCUUCACUGGAUUUGAGUUGCAGGGAUUCCAGCUCAUUCAUUGUUUGCAGGAUGGUACAUGGGAGAAACCAAAGGCACAGUGUAUUAAUAAACCCUAUGUACCAGACAGCAGCUGCAAACCUGGAGAGAUCAAUGAUGGGACUAAAUGUGUUUGCAUGACUAAAGAAAGAUGCAGAGGCUACAGAGAAGACUUGUGCGUUUAUGACGCUGGCAAGGAAACUGCCAUUAUGAUGUCCCUCUGUGCUUUUCAUGUUGACCGUUGUCAUGGAGACAGAUUAUACUUUAUGAAUAAUGGACCGUGCAAAAGUGACGCACGCAGUCUGGACUGGGCCAAAUUCAGGGUCAGUGUAUCUGAGCAGAGCUCGGUGCAGGAGCCCUGCGGUUCAGACACCUGUUACGAGUGGGAGACCUGCUCAGUGUCCAAAACGUGUGAGUGUAAGAUGCCCAGAGAAUGUCCAAAAGACGGGUAGAAAAUAUACUGCCUGAAAAUCGUGGGAACGCAAACCACAAGAAGCAUGAAUCUGUGUUUUAUGGCUGUAAUGAAGUGCAGCAGUAUAGAGUUUGAGCUUCAGAAUGAAGGCCCUUGUGCAGGUUCUUAAUUGUGCACCACUUUAGCUGUAAAAAUGUUCACAGAUUUGCAGCCAUUAUUGAUUCAUAUUGAUAACACAUUGUCAUUUUAAAAUCACUCACAGCAUGUUAUAGUUAUUUGAUUGUGCAUAUGGGCAUUCUUGAUAUUGAUCUGGAACAACACAAUAAAAUAUAAUCGGACAUUCAGAU